UACAGUAGGGUCUCGGAAAUUAGCAAUGAGAUAGCGAAAAUGCGAAGUUGCGUUUUUUGCACACAAAAAAAAUCAACGGGCAAACAUUUUAUCGAUUUUAAAAUAAAGUGAAAACCAUUUCACAUACCGCCCCGGAAUGGAAUGGUGCUAGUUAAAGUUCAGGAAAAAACAAAAAUGAAAAUCGAAGAAAAACUGCAAAGAAAUAAUUAAUGAAAAGUCUAUAAUUAUUUUGUAUGGAUAUUUAUUUAAAUCAUGACAUCGAAUCGAUAAUAUUCUACGAAAUAAUAAUCGAGCUUGGAAAUUGGUUGCGCGCGCGCGCGCGUAUUAGUGUGUAUGUGUAUUUGGGUGCAUGUGUUCCGAGUGGAGUUUGUCGGUCAGCAAUCAACAGUGCGCCUCAUUUUUCUCACAAACACCAGCGAAUUUAAUUGCUCGCCAGCGCUCAAUUGAUUCGCUGUUUUUGCGGCCGCAAUUGAUUUGUUUUUCUUUUUUAUUUUUAGCGCUGUAACGAUGUUUACAGAUUAAAUCAAGUAAUCAAAUCGACAACGAUUGCAUCGUUCAUUUUUCGCCAAUUUUGAUUAUACGAUGAUGUUUUGACGAAUGAUUUUCGUCGUCGAUAUACACACACAGAGCACAGGGAGAUUAUUCAAUCAUUAUGAAAUUGAGCGUGGAAAUGAUGAUUUGAUUACAAGCAUUCCAACGAAAAAUCGAAUUGAUUCUGUGAAACUAAACUCAUCCACGCUAUAGAGAGAUACCUACCAUUCGACUCCGUUUUAUCAUUUUUGCGAGAGAAUAUAACAUUGAUUCUAAAUUGAACAGUUGCCAAUAUACGAGAUAUUGCUGUAGAUAUAAAACACAAAUCGCGCGCCCCAAGACGACCAUAUCCAAUAAAUUUGCCUCUCUCGAUAUAUACAUGCAAAUAUAUCAAUGAACUUUAAACAACUGAAAUUCGGCCGAAAAAAAAACACAACAUAACAAAUACAUAUGUACACACGAGCCACACGAACGACACUCUUUUACGUCGCUUUGCGUAUAUAAUAAAGCAUGAAUCGUCCUAUGCGGAAUGACAAACGUGUACAAUUUUGUAUAUUAAUCAUUGUUUUAUUAUAAUUCUCUCUUUUUUUUCGUUCACAUGUUCGUUCGUUCGUUCAGGCAUUUGUCACUUUAGCCGACCGUUUUAUUUUAAAUGGCUCAGACGACAGCAAUUUUCAAAACCACGACGCAAAUUCAUUGAGCCAACACUUUUCAUUACGAAAUUCUCUUAUCAAUAGAAUGAGGAAAUUUGUAAGAAUUAUAAAGAAAAGAAUCAACUCUUUAUCAUCAAAUUCCGUUGUGAUGAGAAAGUGAAUUUUUUUUUUCGAUUUUUCUUUCGACGCUACAUGAAUCGUAGAGCUGUUUAAUUUUUAAAAUUUUUAAUCAUUUUUAAUUUUCAUUCCAAAGAAUACUUUUGAAAUUUUUCCUCACCAGUUUUUUUGAUUAUUUUUAUCAAACGUGGAAUGCUUUGUAUACUGAUACAUGUAUUUGCUUGGAACUCAGUUGACCGAAGCGCCAUCUAAAGAACCGAUGGCGAAUUCGUUAUGUCUGUAUGUUAUACUUCAGUAUGACGUUUGACAGAACGGAGAGUGUACUUGAUUGUAUUGUCAUUAGCCUUAGAUUAUCUAGGUGGUGUUUGCGCUCAAUAUCAGUUGUCAAAGUAAAAAAGAAUAGGACCGUUGAUUUUUAUUCGGUUAUCUGAGUUGCCUUAGAAGUUUUUACAUUCGGAUUUUAAUGAAACAAUGAGAGAAAACGCUAAAAUGUUCAUGUUGCAUCACAAAUCGAAUUUAUUUCAAGAAUUGUGUUCAAAAGUUGUAUACUUCUGUCAGCGUUGUGGGCAUCAUCAAAUUCAAAAUUAGUAAAUAAUUGAACUCUAGCACAAUAUCGACAUAUCUUUCGAGUAAAUUGAGCAAUAACAUCCGGUGUAUGCAUUUUCUUUUGAAUAUUUUUUCUUGCAUCCGUAAUGGCUGACCCAACUGUAUAUUCGUAUGCCUUUUUCUGAGCACUGUUCGGGCUUUUUCCAUGGCAAAAUGUCGUCAAACCAUUUGCUUUGCUUUGCUUUGCAAUCGAUAUACGCCCAAUCUCUGGCUCACACUCAUUAUAGUUGUGGCCAACUUACUCUGGUAUUCCGUUUGGAACUUGACCAUAUCGUAACCAUGUGUAGGAGAAAUUAUUAGUUUUGAAAAGAAAAAUUCUUAGACUUUCAAUUACAAUAUGAAUGAGAAAUAUUAGACGAAAUUGUUACCUGUGUUGACAGCAACCAAAAUCAAAACAAUGAAUACAUGUCUCAUGGCUUCCUUUCAAAUCAAAGAUUGAAAAAUAUAAUAACUUGACACUCAGUUCACCGUUCUUUUAUACACACUAGGAUCGUUUGAUGCGGCGCUUCAAUUAAAAAUACUUCAAAUUGCUGGAAUGUUCACACUUCACACUCAAAGGGAAAUAUGCCGUGCAAUUAUCGGAAGAUAAUUAAAUAUUUGUUAAAUAUCAUCCAUUAAACACUGAGAAUUACUUCAAUUUUUGGAGUUUAUCAUCAUCACUAAUUGACGUAAUUGACAUUAUUCCAAUUUUAAUUGGAUUGCAACUUUUGUCGACCAGAGAGUAUGGAAUCUGUAAAUUAGUCUGUUUCAAGCGAAUUUACAUGGGUUGCUGUUUUUCUCAAAACAAAGCGAACAAGAGACAAAAAAUAGCAUCAUUUUCAUUUGAACGCAACGUCAAUUGUAUUAUGUGAAGAUUGUACAAUAUUUGACGAUUUCGAUGAACUGAUUGCAUUAUUUGCUACAAAACAUUCGCGAAAAGAAAUUUACGGCGGAAUAAGUGCACGUCGACAUUUUUUCCGUUUAAAUGGAGAAUUUGAUGUGAUUUUCCUCAACUAAAACAAAAUUAUCCAAGAAAUAUUUGAUAAGUUUCUUAAUCUGUACAUUUUUUGUUCUCUAAAGAGCUCAGUAGCAAAAAUGCCAUCUUAAUCGAUACAUUGUUCCAUUCCUUUAAAAUGAUUCAUUCCUCCUUUUUCUUUGGAGAGUGUCGACAGAUUGGAUUUUAAACCAAGCGGUGACCCAUCAUAGCAUGUGCUUAUUUGAAGUCGUUGGCGUGAGCAUUACGUCGCAUUUGUGUUUUUGCCCUCAAAACAAAGAGGUCUCUCUCUCUCUCUCUCUGGAGUUUCGUGUGGUGCGCGCACACACGUUUUUGUGGCAGCGUUUAAUGAAUUUUCAUUGUGCUAUUUUGCGUAACAUAUUUCCAUAUAUGUAAUAAUUUUCCGAUGUGUCGCCAGCAAGACGAGUCUCAAUCACUGUAUGAAAUACACCACCAUAAAAUUACAUACUUAAAAAAAAAUCGAUCGGAGCCAUUUUUCACGUAUUUCUUCGGGGUGCGUGAGCCGGGAUUUUAUGGCGCUGUGAAUGUGUCUACCGGCAAAGCGACACUUUUUGCACCACGAUUACCAGCGGAAUAUGCUACUUGGAUGGGAACACUGUGGACACCGGAUGACUUUAAGGCCCGUUACAACGUUGAUGAAGUUCGUUUUGUGGAUGAUCUCGAUGCAUUCUUCACGGAACACGAGGCAUCCCAAUUAUUACUGUUGAAAGGCCGAAAUUCGGACAGCCACCUUGUUAUUCAACCGGCUUCAUUCGAUGGAAUCGAUAAGUACAACACAAAUGAUAGCAUUUUGUAUCCAGUGGCGGCUGAAUGUCGAGUUAUUAAGUCACCGGCUGAAAUCGAGGUGCUGCGCUAUGUGGCCAAGGUAUCGUCUGACGCACACAAAGUUGUCAUGAAAACGAUUAAGCCUGGAAUGAAAGAAUACGAAUGCGAAUCACACUUUUUGCAUCAUGCAUACGCGGUUGGUGGAUGUCGUCACGCUUCAUAUACGUGCAUUUGUGGCAGUGGUAGAAAUGGAUCGAUCCUUCACUACGGCCAUGCAGCAGCGCCUAACGAUAAAGUCAUCAAUGAUGGCGAAAUUGCGCUAUUUGAUAUGGGUGCCAAUUAUUUUGGAUAUGCCGCUGACAUCACAUGCAGUUAUCCGGUCAAUGGCAAAUUCACCGACGACCAACGAUUUAUUUACAAAGCCGUUUUGGCCGCUUGCCAAGCUGUUCAUAAUGCCGCAAAACCGGGCGUUAACUGGGUUGCCAUGCACGAUUUAGCCAAUCGAGUACUUUUGACCAAAUUAAAGGAAGGUGGCCUUUUGCAAGGCGAAGUCGAUGACAUGAUGAAAGUCGGCAUCAAUGGCAUUUUUCAACCACAUGGACUGGGACAUUUUCUUGGUCUUGAUGUGCACGAUGUUGGAGGCUAUUUGGAAGGACAUCCAGAGCGUCCUACGCUCCAAGGAUUCACUUCACUUCGUUUUGCACGCGAUUUGAAAGCCGGCAUGUAUGUUACCAUUGAGCCAGGCUGUUACUUCAUCAAGCAUCUGCUUGACGAAGCAUUCAAAAAUCCAGAGAAGAGUAAAUUUUUGGUUGCGGACAAAAUUAAGCGUUUCGAAAACUUUGGCGGUGUUCGUAUCGAAGAUGAUGUCCUCAUCACGGAGACAGGCUGUGAAAACUUUGCUAUUGUUCCUAGAACAGUUGAAGAAAUUGAGGCAUGGAUGACUUCUUAGACGGAUAACAUGAAAUUCUUUCAAUUUGCCAAAUCAAUGCUCUUUUAAAAACAGCGUAUUGAAUUGUUCGCCGAAAAAAACACGUUGCAUUUUGUUUCGCACUUUUUUCCCACUGCUUGCAAAUAGAGAAAUUGUGAAUGAAAAAUUAAAUUUUAUACGUACUUUCAAAGCAUUUAUUGCUAAUAUCAUCAAAUUGUCAAAUUUUAUAUUGAAAUAAAUUUAUUUGAAUCAGAA